GUCUGGUGUUUGUGUUGUUUUCUGCUCGUCCUCAGACUGCAGCGAUGCGCUUCAUCCGAGUCUGUUUUUAUCUCCUAAACCCAUCGAUCACAAUAUUAUCGUGAUUUAUCCAUCAAUAUCUGCUUUUGCUCAUCGAUGGUCGUAAAAUGGCGAGCUCUUUCUCCAGACCUUCAGCUCAAGGAGGCACAGAGACGGAGCGUCUGCUGGCCCCUGUGAUGGGAUACGGCUCCGGCGAUCUGAACAGUGGGUGUCACGGCAGCCCUCCCGCCCUGGACGUGAGCACGCCGGGGUCACGGCCGCGGGCCGAGGAAGCGGAGGAGGCCCUGAGGAGGAAGCUGAAGUACUUCUUCAUGAGCCCGUGUGAUAAAUACCACGCCAAAGGCCGCAAACCCUUCAAACUGGCCCUUCAGCUGCUCAAGAUUAUCAUAGUCACUGUACAGCUGGUGCUGUUCGGUCUCAGUAAUCAGAUGGUAGUGGCGUUUAAGGAGGAGAACACAGACUCCUUCAGGCAUCUGUUCCUCAGAGACUAUGUGGAUGAUUCGGAGGAGCCGCUGUGUGUCCACACGCAGAGAGACGUCUAUGAUCACAUUAAAUAUGCCAUAGAGCAGUAUCUGGUUCUGCCGCAGACGUCGGUCGGCAGGUACGCAUACGUUCAAGGUUCAGCUCUGAACGACAGCGCCCUCUAUCUGUGCCAGCGCUACUACAGGAAGGGCACCAUCGACCCAGUUAACGACACGUUUGACAUCGACCCUCAUGUCGUCACUGACUGUAUCGGAGUGAAUCCACCACCAGACCCCUCGAAUCCACUGCAAAACCACUACAAGAACAUCACCCUCAAUUUCCAAAAGUUGAUUAAUGUGACUAUCCAGUUUCAGCUGAAGGCGAUAAACAUCCAGACGAUUAUCAAUAACGAGAUUCCCGACUGCUACACCUUCUCCAUCACCAUCCUGUUUGAUAAUAAGGCUCACAGUGGUAAAGUGAAGCUGAGUUUGCUCAACGAGGCGUCCAUUAAAGAGUGCAGAGACACCAAUGUGUCGGGACACGGGGACAGUUACGCGCGCGUGGCGUUCGAUGUGUUGGUGGCGGUGGUCUGCGGUCUGUCUCUGGUGUUGUGCGGACGCUCCAUCCUCAGAGGAAUCAUCCUGCAGCACGAGUUUGUGUGCUAUUUCCGUCAGUCUUUGGGCCGGUCGGUGAGUUGGGGCGACCGUCUGGAGUUCAUCAACGGCUGGUAUCUGCUGCUCAUCAUCAGCGAUAUACUCACCAUCAUCGCCUCCUUCAUCAAGAUCGCCAUCGAGACCAAGAACCUGUCGUCAUAUGACGUCUGCAGUAUUUUGAUGGGAACCUCCACCCUGCUGGUGUGGGUCGGCGUGAUACGAUACUUCAGCUUCUUUCAGAAAUACAACAUUCUGAUUGUGACUCUACGAGCCGCGUUUCCAAACGUGAUCCGGUUCUGCUGCUGCGUUGCUGCCAUUUACAUGGGCUACUGCUUCUGUGGCUGGAUCGUCCUGGGACCCUACCACGCUAAAUUCCGCUCUCUCUCUACGGUGUCAGAGUGUCUGUUUUCUCUCAUUAAUGGAGACGACAUGUUUGCCACGUUCUCAGAGCUGGAGCAGAGCGGGACGCUGGUGUGGGUGUUCAGUCAGCUCUAUCUCUACACCUUCAUCUCGCUCUUCAUCUACAUGGUGCUGUCGCUCUUCAUCGCGCUCAUCACCGGAGCCUACGACACCAUCACUCAACAAACCCAGGAUGUGCCGCAGGUGUCCGAACUGCACCGGUUCAUCGCCGAAUGCGCCGACACGCCGACCUCCGGAAACUUCCGCAGCCCAGAGCCGUCCACAUGCUCGCUCUUCUGCUGCUUCAACUAGAGAGACCGUGCUUGUGAAGGGGAUUCUGGGUAACACUUCAUUACUCUCACACACAGGAAAGGAGGGAACACGCUCUUCUUUGUUUGUUUGUUUACAGGUUGUAGCUGCACUAAUAGAGCAUCUCAGCAUGCAGCUUUUAAAUGCAUUAUAAUUAAUGAGCUGAAUGUGUUUUGUGUAUUUAUGAGCAUCUCGGCUUUUGUGAUUAGGACUUGAUGCACUAGACCAGCUAAAGGGAACUGCACCCUCUAGAGGCCUGGAGGAGUUACAGCACACAAAAUAACACAUAAACACAAACUGAAACAGAUAAACAACAUAUUUCAGGUGAAUCUCAAGACCAAAUGUCCAGGUCACAUUUCACCCGAAAGCAAACAAUAAGAAAUGAUAUUUUGCUUAAAGAAAACAAAGCCUUUUUAAGACCAUUAUGAUGUUUUGCAUUUUAUUUUAGGUUGAAAUAUGACCUGCACAUUUUAGUGAGUUACAGCACACAAACACAAAUGAAAACACACUUUUCCAACAUCAUAGUGCAGGUGCUUUGGUGAAUCUCACAACAAAAUGUCCAGGUCACAUUUCACCCUAAAAUUUAAAGCAAAAAAUACAUUUUGCUUAAAGAAAGUUAAUCCUGUUUUAGGACAUUUGUGGUGUUUUGCUUUGUGAGAUUAUUUUCACAACAAUUAAAAUUAAUUAAUUUCUUAUUUUUUUGGAAAUGUGACCUGCACAUUUUCUUGACAGUUUUUGUGAGAGUGGCCUGAUUGUUUUUAUUCCGUUCACAGCUGUGUAUUUUAUGAUUUUACUCCUUUUUAGAGAAUCUUUUUAAUACGGUUUUCUGUGUAUAUAUUACAUAUUCCUUACGUUUCAUAUGCACGUUAGGAUAUUAGUGCUUUGUCGGCAGAGGGGCGUCAUAUGGAUGAUAAUGUCACUUUUUCUUCUCUAGUCAGUGCUUUGUUUCAGAUGUUUCUCCACACGAGCGAGUGUGUGUGUGUG